AUGGCGUCGCUGUCGUAUGCCUCGGGCGUAAUCGCCAUCGCCACAUGGCCCGCGAGGAUUGCAUGGAAGCCCGUGGCCCUGUUCAUUAACACGAUCCUCAUCUUGCUGUCGCCUCUCGUACUCAUGGCAUCGUAUAUCAUCGUAUGCGGCCAAGCUUUCAUCGACUUCUUAGCUAGCCUCCAGCUGGCUUGCGGCGCCUGUAUCGGUAUCGUGGCUGGUCUGACCAUGUCAUGCACAUCCGGUAUAAUCACCGCAAUAUUUGGCAUGCAUGACGACAGAUCGAGGUCUCUGUCUCCGACGCCAAUGCCUUCGACGCCCUCGUCGGAACGGCCAGGAACCGGUAAGACCGAAGACUCAUCGUCCUACGAGACUGACUGGCACAUUCUCAACAAGCCGCCCCCCAAGAGGCGGAGGCGGACACCGGGACUCUGGUCGCAGACAAUUCACGAGGAGGACGAUGACGAUUCUGAGAUUUGA